AUGGCAGCGCUCGGCCAGGCAAAACGUACGCUGCGCUGGCUGCAGAGUCGCCAAGUGGUGUCGAGGGUCCGCGCCUACUACGACCAGCACGAUGACGAUUGGCAUGAGCGGAUCAUGCUGGCCCACAUCAGUGAUCAUAGAUUCGUGGGGUUCACCGCGCACUGGGACAUGUAUGAUGGCGACAGGGCGGCGGCACUGCGGUUGCUGCCGCUGGGUCCUCGUGGCGGGAUGCCAGUCCCCGCGCCGGGAGGCCGGGUGCUGCGGGCGAGCAACGCUUGUCCCUCGGGAGAGCUGCAGCAGCGGUGCGACGAGGCCACGCAGAUGGUGGCGGAGAUCCGCGCUGCGGAGGGCCUCCCAGACCCGCCGGUGGAGCCAAGGCCCUCGGCCGACACGGCUGCCCCGGCGGGGGCGAUGGUGCCUGACGGCGCGGGCGGCGCAGAGGCAGCGGCAACCUCCUUGGGCCCCGCCGCGUCGGCAGCAGGAGCGCUGGCGGCGACGUGCCUGGCGCCCGCUGGGGCCGCUUGGCAUGGCGGAGCUAGCGGGCCCUUGCGUGCGGCGGUCCUCGCGCCGCCAGCUGCCCCCUCGCCAGACGCGACUUGGGUGGCGGCGGAGACGCGUGGCGGCCCGGCGCGCGGGGCGCCCAUCCCGCCCGCGCUGCUCACGGCAAAGGAUCGGCCGCUGGCCACGCUGUGGGAUCGCGGCGCGAUCGUGCUCGGGACGGGGGCUUCGCUCGCCGUGGCAGUUGCCCACGCGCCCGAAGCGGAGCCGCCGGCGCUUGCCAGCGGCAGCGGGGACCUCCAGACGUGCUUCCAUGGCGCGGUGGCCAAGAGGUCCACGGCGGUCUUCCCGGAUUGGAAGAUCAAGAGGUUUAAGUCGGCGGCCUGGUUGCUGGAGAAGAUCUCGGAGCCGGGGCACACGCCUCGGCGGAGGCACUCCAGGUGGAGGUCGGCCCAGGGGCUCACGGCUUCGGACGAUGGAGUGGACCGCCAACUUGCCAUCUCGGAUGUCCUCACGGAGCUCACGACCAACGACCAGCUCCAUGCAGGCGAGCGCGUGGUGGCGGAAAUCCUGUGCCGGUGGUGUCAGCUCUGGAAGGGCAUUUGCGCAUCUUGCCUCCGCGAGGCCGAGGUUGGCCAGGGCGCUGCCCCGUGGCUCGACGAGAGGGCGAUCUUCCUCGGCCAGGACAGGGGUCGGGGGUGGACGCUGGUCUGUCCUGCCCCUGAGAGCUGGGUGGCCGAGAAGCUCAGGGGGUAG